AUGAUCAGUGGCCCAGUCCAGCCCAUCGGUCUUUCCCUCCUUCCCCCUUCUGCUCCGCGCCGCCUGCUCGGCGUGGUGACUUUCCAGCCUCAGGCCACCAACCACGUGACCACCCAAUUCCAACCUCUGCUCCUCGUCUCAUCUGCUAAUUCCGGGUUCCGGCCUCAGUCAUCCAGUAGCAAGUCGGGAAUUUAA